UUCCUCCUAACAGAAAGUCAAGUCGGUUUUAUUGUCAAUUUCUUUACAUGCGGUCACAUACAGAACAGAAGCCAACCUUUCAGAGCAUCGGUGCACAGCGAACAGAGCGCUUAUUAUUAGGAGGAGGUUUUAAAAAGGAUUGGACUACGUAACCAACUACAUGAUGCAGGAGGAGAGCAGUUAUCUGUCCCAGCACUAUGAGGAGCAGGUGCGGCCUUGCAUUGACCUGGUGGACUCCCUGAGGUCUCUGGGAGUGGAGCAGGACCUGGCUCUGCCUGCCAUCGCUGUCAUAGGCGACCAGAGCUCAGGGAAGAGCUCAGUGCUGGAAGCCCUCUCUGGGGUGGCACUGCCCAGGGGCACAGGCAUUGUGACACGCUGCCCACUGGUACUGAAGUUAAAGAGAGUCAGUAAUGGCACUGCUUGGUCUGGGGUGCUUUCAUAUCAGAAACACUUCAAAGAGGAGCUGAAAAGACCAGCAGAAGUGGGGGCUGCCGUCAUCAAAGCCCAGAAUGCUCUUGCAGGUGAGGGGAAAGACAUCAGCCAUGAGAUGAUCCACCUGGAGAUCCAAGGCACCAACGUUCCUGAUCUGACUCUCAUCGAUCUGCCAGGCAUCGCUAGAGUUGCCACGGGCAACCAGUCCCAUGACAUCGAGGAACAGAUUAAGAGACUGAUAGAGACAUUCAUCAAAAAGCAAGAGACCAUCAAUUUGGUUGUGGUACCUGCAAAUGUUGACAUCGCCACCACUGAGGCUCUGAGGAUGGCUAAAACAGUGGACCCAGAUGGGCAAAGGACUUUGGGCAUCCUGACGAAACCAGACCUGGUGGACAAAGGUGCAGAGGAGGGCGUAGUGAACACUCUCAACAACCAAGUCAUCCCACUCAAGAAGGGAUACAUGGUGGUGAAGUGUCGAGGCCAGCUGGACAUCAAUGACAACAUGUCUCUGACCAAAGCCCUGGAGAAAGAGAGAGAGUUCUUCACAGAUCAUGCAUACUUUAGCAUUUUCCUGGAUGAAGGACGAGCCUCUAUUCCCUCCCUGUCAGACAGACUAACCAAGGAACUGGUGUAUCACAUCAGCAGGUCCCUUCCACUGCUGGAGAAACAGGUGACCGACAAACUGGAGCAGACAUCUGCACAGCUGAGGAUGCUGGGAGAUGGAAUCCCUGAAGAUGAAGGCGGACGGGUUAAUUUCCUCAUUGAGAAAAUCAACAGCUUCAAUCAGGCUCUCACAGACGUGGGGAGAGCCGAGGAGGAUAUAAGGGACUCCCGCACCCGAGUUUUCACGACCAUACGGAAGCUGUUCAGUGUUUGGAAGGCAGAGCUUGACGAAAAAGCCGUACGGUUGAAGGAACAGUUAGAUGCAGAUAUGAUGGAAUUUGUGCAAAUUCACAGAGGCAAAGAGCUGCCUGGGUUUGUGAACUACAGGAUAUUUGAAGACAUUGUCAGACAGAAUGUGGAGGAAUUAGAGGAGCCAGCUUUGACUCUUCUACAAAACUGUAAAGAUAUCAUUACCACGGCCGUGAACAAGACGACCAAGUCCUUCUUCGACAUUUAUCCACAGCUGAUGCGGGAGGCCAAGGACCACCUAGAGGACCUGAGGGAUCAGGAGUACAAGAGGGCAGAGGAGAGGCUGAAGACACAGUUUGCCAUGGAGAAAAUAAUCUUCUCAGAGGACGGACUCUACAGCUGCCAGUUAGACGCCAUCAAAUCAGAACCCCGCGAUGAGUUGGUGAAGGAGUCAGACAAGACUAACGCAGACAUUCGCGGGAUGACUCAUCAUCUGAACGCUUACUUUAAAAUCACUACAGAUCGUUUAGCCAAUCAGGUGGCCCUGAUCGUGCUGUACCACAUGCUGGAGCAGUACAUCACCAAGGUGAAGACGGCCAUGUUGGGCAUCAUAAGACACAAGAAUGCCGAGAGCUUCACUCAGGAGCGGUCGGAUGUAGCCCAGAAGAGGAGGUACCUGCUGGGCAGAAUGGAACGCCUGAAGAAGGCCCAACAAGUUCUGGCCAAGUUCGUGCCCUCUGCUUAGUUACGUACACACACACACACACACAGAUGCUCACACACACGCGCACACACGCACACAUACACAUACACACCACACACGCACGUACACACACACACACACACACACGUGCGCGCACACACACAUGCACACGCACACACACAGACACACGCACACACACACACACAGCUCUUGUCCCCUUUCUCUGUCACACAGUCUGUGUUGUUUACUAUGUUUAUGUUUACUAUGUCACCGUUUAUGUUACUCAUUCAUCUAUUCCAGUUAUCACAUGUGUCUUUCCAUUUUUUUCACUGGGGUGUAGAGGUCAUCAAAAGCUGCUAAUACACACAGUUCAUAAUGUCAUACUGAAAUCCUGCUUGACACUGUUACCAAGUAUCGUUAUUCUUACUGUAUGUAUUCUCAAAAUGGCUGGUCAUUGUUUUUUAAGUAUUGCAGUUUUAUCUAAUUUUCUUGGAUAUUGGUCAGUGCUUUUCUAGAAAUCUUGGAAAAUCAUUAUUAGUUUAAAAGUUAUUUUAUCAACUUGUUUUUUAUUAGACUUUUUUUUUUUUUUGCAAUCUGCUCGUAAACAUACAUGACAAAAUAAAAUGCCACAAUUAGCAGUUAACGUGAUCCUCAACUCCACAGAGCAAACUGUUUUUGGUUUACUUGUUCUUUUUUUGUUGUUAAAUGAUUUCACUGGGUUAAAUGGGUUCCAAAUGGGUUAAAUGGUUCUAAGGAACAUUGAUUGUGGUCUAUGAGAUUGUUCAUAUUGUUAGAAUAAAUAAAGUCAAUGACAGAACUAAACUAUUUGCUGCAGAACUGUGAGCUUAAUGUUAGGCCCCAUUUAUCAUCAGUUCGUAGAAUGUCUUCUAAAUUGUGUCUUACGAGUGAAAUUUAGAAUGUUCGCAAGUACAGAAAAAUCGGGAUUUAUCUCCUACGCACACGUCUGCAUGAUAAAUCCCACACCUUCCAAAUCACUGUGCAUGCGCGCAUUCGGGGUAAUUUGCAUCCCGAAACGCCUCCAAGUAACCAUAUAUAUGGUAUUAAAAUAUAUUCAAAUGCCAUGUUAAUUCGAAGGCGCCACCCUGUUUGGACACACAUGAACACACGCGCCAGUCGAAGUGCUGGCGGGAAGUGCGGAGAUAGAAACAUUUCCGCGGCAGAAGUGGAGGUCCUUUCGACAGGAGGACAGUGGUUCAAAAUAAGUAAUAGAAGGAGACACACAUGGACGAAAACACUGUAAAAUAGCACAC